AAAAAAGUAUAUGAUUCCAUGGAAUAGUUUAUCAUUGUGUGGUCUCUCUAGAAACAAAAGAUUCCUUUAAACCAGUGGAAAUUCACAGACAAAGCCUUCUCUCUUCUCUUUCUGUGUGAAUUGUUAACCACACCAUCUAAACUGCUCUUGGAAACUAUCCUGCAGCUUGUGUAGAGAUUCGCCAAGAAGCAAACCCUUUCCGUUCAGAUUUUCUUUCCCUUUUAACCAGAUGAACACUAAGCGAGGACUUUAAAGAAGGUUAUAACAGUUGGUAUCUUCAUUUUUGAACCGGCUUUUUAUUUUCCGAUGGAAACGGAACCAUCCAGGUUUACUUCGUCCAGGAAAUUUCUGGCCAUAAGCUUGUCGGUACUAGCUGUGCUCUCGCCCCUCUUCAUCGACAGCUUAUCAGAGGAAGACCUCGAACCGGAAGAAGAACUCUUUGGGUUUAUGUUUUCGCUUCCCGUGCUCCUCCUCUUGUUGGUUUUGGCCAUUGCCUUGUCCCUGUAUUGUGACCAGAGCUUGACCAGGUUUGAUCCUUACUGGAUUCACAGGCUGUGUGGUUCUUUUGGUGGGUUGCUUGUCAUUCUCAUCCUUCUUGUUUUUGUCUUGAAAUGCAAAGCCACUGAUUAGAACCUGAGUGAAAGUUGUUACAACGUCACAAAUGACUUAUCUUUUGCCCUGAAUUUUGCAAAAAUCAAUCUUACAAAGAUUUUUGUAUAUGAGAGAUGCAACUCUUUUUAUUAAUAUUGUAAAGAAAAUUUACACAAAAACUCAGAAAUCCAAAGAUGCAGUAGAAUAAUAUU